UGGAAGUAGACAUUUAAAUUGUUGCCGUAAAUGUAAAAAAAAAAAAUAAACAAAAACAAAAAAAAAUAACCCACCGUCGUUCAUUCUCGGGCCCGUAUCGAAAAAUCGGAAAGUGGUGGCAGAUAUUUUUGCAUAGUUAUCGAUUUUUGAAUUUAUCGAAUUCUACAAAUUUUCACAAGAAAUCGUCAUACGCUUAAAAAACAAAAAUGCGUUGUAAAUAAAGUCGCGCAGACAGUAGUCAAAAAACUAUACUUGCUCCGUGGUCCACUGCCAUCGACUUUUAACGUUAUUGUGGUUAUCCAACAACAACCCCCCUCAACACCUUCAGAAGUCGUCCUCUAAAUUCAGCUACCACGCCAUCAGAACAUGUCGGAAACGUCUAGUCUCGACGUGGACGGUGAGGAGCAGGGCUCCUCCGAUCAUUGCUCGGCGCACAUCGAUCCCUCUGAGGCCAUCCAGGCGCUCCGCUUACGCUCCCAACGCCUGGCCCUUCGCCUCCAGCUAACGCAUCGGGAAAUGGAGUCCUCCGCGGCGGCGGCGGCGGCAGCCUCCUGCCGGGAGGCUACAACAAGCCACCAGCUCACCAAGGUCUACAUGUUGAGGCGUCCGGUGGAAAUGGUUCCAGGGCCGUCGACUCCUGCCAUGGCCGCCCCCAACCCUACGCCAGUGAGCAACAGGCAGGCCCUUCCCAACGCCGGCUCCAUUCCUAUGGCUAUACCCAUGCCAAUGACACUGCCUUACCCCCUGCCGCUGCCUUCCUUUCAUGCGGUUCCUAUGCAGAUGGCUCCCCAGCUGCCAGGGUCCCAUCCGCCCCAAAUGCAGUUCCUGCAAAAUAUGCAGCAGGGGCAGUCCUCCAUGGCAAAUGUACUGAUCAACGCCCCGAGAACGAGUCAGAGGAAGAAAUCCAAGAAGGCGCUCCGGGAAGAAGUGGACGCUCUAAUGGAAAUGGUGCAGAAGCUUUCUAUGGUCUGGUCCCCAGACGUCAAUGCAUAUGCAAGUCAAAUAAUUCGUCAGAACGAGGUACUCUCGCAACUGGAGUGGACGCAUCUAGCCGAUAGUCUGCGUGCUAAGAUGGCCCAAAUCCCUCAGGCAGCACUGCGGCAAUUGCCACAGCGCAUUGACGGUGGCAGCGAGAUGGGACGUCGGCAGAUGGCCCAGCAACGGGCCCCGGAGGGCAACCAGCGCCAGCGUCGCGAGUCUGAACUAUCCAGUACGAGCAGCAGCAGUGCUCCUCAACAAAACCAGACGAAGGAGAAGGAUCAGCAGGGCCAAGGAGGGCGUAAGCGCAAUCGUCGGAAACGCGACGGGUCUGGGAAGAACCCCAAGCAGUCGCUAAAGACAGAGCUGGAGGCAAUGCGGUCUUAUAUCAAUAAGAUUGUUCAGUUCCAUAUCGGAGUCGAUCACCCACUGCCACCAGAUUUGCAGUUCACUGGAGACUUUUCCGACCUGGAAGAGCAUGCUCAACGCUUGACUGCGGCUGGCUAUGGACGAAUUGUUGAGGAAGAGAUCCGAGUUAACCGAAAGAACAACCGACAGGCGUUCAUUCAAAUGUCAACUGAUCGCGAGGGCCUCGAGCGGGAUGGCAUUGUGCUCCUGCCGGUGGCCCGUCGCUACGCCUUCGAGGGAGACAAGGUGCGUGCCUUUGUCCUGAAUGGUGGAGCCCAAAGCAACUCGAAGACGGGAGGCUCUGGUGGAAUCAUUGGAGGCAAACCGUCCAUUUCACUCGCGGACGAAGAGGAACUCUCCGAUGAAACAGAGUCGCAGGACUCGGAAGCAGAUGCCGACAACGUGGUCGUUAUAUCCUCGGACAACUGCCCCAAGGCGUUCGUUAUUGCCAUUACUAAGCAGACGGAGCUGCGUCAGAUCGUUGGCACGAUUUCCUUUACGAAUCCCACAAAACUAUGCGAUGACCAGCUGUUCUACAAAUUCCGUCCGUACGAUCUGCGUGUACCGAUGGUCUAUGUACCCCAGGAUUCCUGUGCGGCGCAUAUUGAAAACAAGCCCAAUGACGUUUCCGGGCUGCUAUUCCUUGCCCAUAUUCUUGAGACGGACUGCAAUGGGCACUGUAUCGCGGAACUGAUACAGCCGGUGGGUCGGGUUGGAAAUCUAGAGGACGAACUAAAGGCCAUUCUGUUCCACAACGGCCUUCGGGAUAUAAAGCCAUUCGAGCAGCGCUUCAACGACAUGUAUUCCGAGCCUGCCCCACCGGUUGGUGCUGAAGAUUUGCGAAAUCGCAGGGACUUGCGUAAGAAGUGUAUCUUCACCAUCGAUCCGCUGACGGCUCGUGAUCUGGACGACGCCGUUUCCGUUGAGCAGCUGGGGGACAACGUGUUCGAGGUGGGUGUGCACAUUUCCGAUGUAUCACACUUUCUGUCGGAGGCCUGCGAGCUGGAUGAAAUCGUAAAAGAGCGCUCCACGUCGAUUUAUCUGGUGAACGAGGUCAUCCACAUGCUCCCACAGACCAUGUGCAUGCGCUGUUCGCUGCUGCCCGGCGAGGAUAAGUUCGCAUUUUCGGUGUUCUGGAAAAUGAAUGACCAGGGAGUCAUGCUGCAAGAGAAACCCGAAUUUGCACGCACUGUCAUUAACUCGUGCACCCAGUUCGCCUAUGAGCAUGCUCAAAAGAUUAUCGACAACCCGAGAGAACGCUUCACCGAGGACGAUUUCCCAACGAUUGUUAACGGAUUUCAGCCUGAUGACAUCGCCGAACGGGUGCUAUUGCUCCACGGAAUGGCCCGGUCGAUGCGGAAGGCACGCUUCGACAAUGGCUCGCUCACCAUCAACAAUGCUAAGCUGCGCUUUGUCCUCGAUCCGAUCAGUGGGGAGCCGCAGUGUUUCGAGGUGGAACAGCAGCGUGAAGCGAAUCGUAUGAUUGAGGAGUUCAUGCUGCUGGCCAACCAGGCGGUGGCUCGUUUUAUACACGAUUCCUUUCCGGACAUCGCCGUUUUGCGAAACCAUCCGCCUCCAUUGACCAAGUCGCUUAAAUCGCUCAAGGAGAAGCUUCUGGCUCAGGGCUUGGAACUCGACUACAGUUCCUCCAAGGCGCUCCAAGAAAGCAUGGUGCGUCUGUGCCGGGAGGCAUCCGAUCCCGUGGCCAUGAGCGCCUGCCUUAGCCAGUUGCUGAUGAAGCCAAUGGCCAGAGCCACUUACUUCUGCAGCGAAGGCAAAUCAGAACCCAGCGACCUGUGGCACUAUGCGUUAUCCAUACCCAUAUACACCCACUUCACGAGCCCGAUUCGUCGCUAUCCGGACAUAAUGGUUCAUCGUCUUCUGGCGGCUGCCCUGAAAUACUGCCCACCGCCAGGACGCACUCCGGACGAACUGCACGCCCUGACGAAGUUGGCCAACGAACGAAAAUUCAACGCCAAAUUGGCCGGCGAUGACUCCGGCAACCUGUACUUCAAGCGAUACGUGAGAUUGAAACAGAGCGUCUACAUGAACGCUGUGGUUAUGGAAAUCUUUCAGCACAUGCUGAAUGUGGUAACCUUGGAGUCUGGCCACGUGAUUAGUAUUAAUUACAAGAUGCAGAAGGUGCUCGUCCACACGCACAAUGCCCCAAACUUCAUAAUGAUCGCCGAUCGGAACCAGAAGCACUCGCCCCGCAAACUGCAACUGCUGUCCGUGGUUCCCAUCUGCCUGAUCAUGUUGGAGAACAAGCUGACGGGAUUCCUCAUGUUGGGCGACAAUAUACCGAACGCUCUAAAAGAGCAGGCGAGUGGAUCGGGCGGGUCCCGAAGGAACAAACAAAAGCAGCAACACCAAACCCAUCAACAGCAGCAGCAGCAACGCCAACACCAACACCAUCAGCAACAGCAGCGCCUUUUCGCCAUGCGGCAGAAUAGUUUAUAGCCCCACCUUUCGCUCCAGCCCCGUCCCAUAAAUCCUUUGGCUCCCUCGUUUUUAUAGGUUCGCACCAAAUCCCAAGACCUUAUUAAAUUCCUCACAAAAAAAAAAAACAAAAACCAAAAAAGAAAAAAGAAAAGUAUAAAAAUAAUAUCCAUUACUGACCAUUGGACCCGGCCUAUAAUGGCUGGGCGAAAAUUGACUCUGUGAUGCUUAACCAAUGCAGACUGCCACUUUUUCCACGAGAUGUGUAUAAAUGUAUGUGGUAUGUACAUUGUAAGAACAUAAUCAAAUUUCAGGAUACCCGAACAAUAAAGGCUAAGACGAUCGACAACCUC